UCUAUCUGUCUCGCAAGAACGAGAACUUUGUUAUCUUCCAUGUUUAUAUUUCACGAUUCAAUUUUAGGGUGGUUUUCCCUAGCGAGUGUCGAGGUCUGUUUAUAUGACCGCGAUGCAAAGUUAUAAUAGUGUUUUGUUCUGUCCAGACGUCUAAACGAAGAAUCGAUACCGUCAAAGUAGGCAACGUUCCGAUCUUUUCAUUGUUUAUGCCGCGGGGAUUUCACGGAUUUCGUUGUACUUUUUACGUAUUCUUGCUGAUAGAUCUCAUUAGUUUCAUAAGCUUGAGCGGAUGGGAUAUCCAAAGUUAGUUCGUCGAAUUUGUUGAUUGUUGUUAGUUGAACUGUCAAUAUCAAAAAGAUGCCGCAUGCAGGUUUCGUAACUAUACUCAUCGGAGUCACGGUAGCUACGGUUCUUUAUUUUAUGUUUGGAACUAAUAAGCCAAGAUCUGCGCAGCAAUACUAUGAACAUGCGUACGAACAUCAUUCAGAACGACCCAGCAGAUUCUUUGAUUCUGAAGAAUGUUCAAUAUGUCUAUUACCAUUGAUAAAUAAAGCUACAUACAUCCUACCUUGCAAACAUCAAUUUCAUAAGAACUGCAUUGAUGAAUGGAGACAUCAAGCUCAAGGGCAUCGAGCGUUGUGCCCACUCUGCAGAUCUCCAUUUACAUAAGACUGCCAGAUUUAAUAAGAAACAUGUUUUGAUUAGUACAAUAUUCUUUGUACUCUAUUGAAACUAAAAAAUAUGUUUGUUAAACAUCAAAUUCACAUUAAAUUUUUUACAAAUAACUAUACAAUUAUCUACUAAGAUAAAAUGUUCUAUUUGGAGAAUAAAAUAAUUAUCCAAAUUUAGAAAGACAAAACAGAAGAUGUUACAUAUGAGAUCAAAGAUUUUCUGCUUCCUUGUAUUUACGAUAAAGAUACAAUAGUACAGUUACAUGUCUUAUCUUUUUGAUAUAGUACAUAUACAGCUGUGCCUUAUGCUGUGAUUUAUUCAGCUGGACAAAUUUAAUUAUAUAUGUAUAUUUUCACAAUAUAAAAUAAAUAUACAAAUAUAUGGAAGUAUCAAUUACAAUUGUUUAAAACAGUGCAUUUUGAAACUGAAAUGAUUAAUGAAAAAAUGAAAUAUUUAUGAUCUACCUUUGAGUUUAAAAUUUGCUUCAAAUACGAGUAUUUUAUAAAAUGUAUCUUCCUCUUUCUAAGCAAUUUACAUAGGAGCACUGUUUUUUAAAAUCAUGUAUAAUAUUAUAUAGAAAUGUAAGGAAAUUUUUACAUAAACUGUAUAACUCAUUAUUCUUAAAAUGCAAAAUUCAUGAUCCUAUGAAAAUAUAUGUUUUUGUUAUCAUUGUUUUCAUUAUAUAAGAAACUAUAACGAAGAAGAAUUAUAUCAAAUUCUGAAACUUUGUUUGCAUGUAGCAAAUGGUACUUUAAAUGGUAAUAUAUUAAUUAAUUAUAACGUAACUUCAGACUUAUUAACCCUCAUACUGACAGCUUCAAAUACAUAAUAUAUGCGAAGAAUACCGCACUCAGAGGAGAGAUAGUCUAAACGUAAACAAGCAUGGCCGACAUAUCGGUCAGUGACGAUUUUCGCAUAAGCACCAAAGGGUGACAUAUCAACCGGCUGGCAGUAAAAGUGUUAAUAUUUGCCGUGUGUGAUAUUCGUAAUUAGGGGUGUGCAAAUAUUCGAAAGUACAUUUAGAUUGGAUCCUUGAUGUAGGAUUGGAAUUCCGAAAGUUUGUAACCACAUAAGUAUGUCCGAGUAUCUAAAUAUUAUAAACUCCAAGAAGCCCGAUCCCAUAUGAAUUAAUUUGACUACUGCUUGACCUGAACUUAGAUUCAGGUAUCCACACACCUCUAUUCUUAAUAUUAUGUAUAGUGCAGCUACAAAUGUUCUCUAAGCUCCAUUUUACAGUUUAUUAUACACUGUCAUAAGCAAUAUUAUACAUUAUUUAAUUGAUUAAAAUUAUUAUUUUUAAUAUUCCAUUUGAUAAAAGUAAUUAACAAAUCAAAUUUCAGUUCCUCUUAUUUUUCUCUGUUAUAAAUUCUAAAUAUGAAAACUAAUGACAUACGUAUAAAAAGUGGAUUCUCCUGCCAUAUUGUGAAUUUUCUUAAAAGGUUAUGUAAACGAUAAAUAUAUAAUUAUUGUUUUAUUCUUAUAACACUGCAUAUAUUUGACAUUAAAAUGUAUUACUUUUGAUUAAAGCGAUAGCAAUAAACACUUUGUGAUAAAAGGCUCCUAAAUUAUCACUACGUAUAUUUCGUAAAUUGCGUAAUUUUUCAUUCACAUUGUUGAAAUUUUGUUUAUACCUAAUCAGCUGUUUUUAUAAAGUUAUAGAAUUAAGUCACAAAAAAGCUUUGAAAAGUGUGAUAUUCAAAUAUAUAAAUUGUUAUUAACUUAUGUAUAAUUUACGAAUAAGUGUUUAUAAAGCUUGUUACGAAUAAUGUAAAUAUAAAAUGUAGAAUAUGUUUCUGUGUGAAGAAUGAAUAAAGUAAAUAUAGUUCUUAAGUAAAUAAGCAAGUAUUAUAAAACAUUAAUUCUCAUCUACCUUGUUAUUUGCAUUAAUAUGUAGACAUUGACAGUUUCGUCAUUUUCGUGUGUAUAAUAAUCGUUCUUGAUAAUGUACAUUUUAUAGAAAUGAAAGUAGUAUCACGAACUUUGACAGAAUAUUACAGUAAUUUUGCAUCAUUUGAAAUAUUUAUAAAACCUUUCAUUACUUCGGCAAAAAAAGGGUAAAAUUUAAAAAGUUAGCGAAAAUACGAAAUUAUAUAUGAAAACAUUAAAAGUAUUGUACACAUGAACGACAACGUUGGAAAUAUAGCAUUUACAAAUGUAAUUCUUGUGAUUAUGCUACAUGCAGAGCGCUUUUCUUUUCACUAAUCGUAAAUGGCUUCCGCGGUUUCCUGUUCGCCCGAUUUGUAUCCCUUUCGCAACCGCAGUCGUAAUUUAUGACCACUUUCUAUUCUUUUUAUUUUUAUUUCAUGUCGAUGGUUUUUAUAAAGUCUAUAGUAUGAACUAUUUUUAUUAACGAAUCUUUCUUUUAUCAGUAAAUUCUCAUACAUUGAAAAUAUAAGCAAUCUUUGACAAACAGAUACGCACAUAUAUACAUGUAUUAUUUACUUACGUAAUAAAAAAUAUCGCAUGAUCAUAUAACAAUUAACUAAUUAAUAAGAUAUUAGUAUUAUUUAUGAAAAGUUAUAUAAUAAGAAAUAUAUACACAUUUAUACAAUUAAGAUUGAUAAAAAAGUUAAUGAAACUAAUAGUUAUUUAAUAUAAAAUAUUACAAUAAUAUAGCAUGUUAUUCAUAUAACUUUAUUAUUAUGAUGUUGAAUGUUUUAUAGUUGGACUAUGGAUUUCUAUGUAAAUUUAUAUUUUUGAGAAUAUAAUUUAAAAAAUAGAACCUGAGUCGAAGGUUGUUUUAUUUAUCAAAUAUUAUAAAAAGCACUAUAUUAUUUAUAUUAUUUCAUAUCAUAUGCAUUCUGUUACUGAUAACAGAAUGUUACUGUUACUGGUAACUUUGCACUUUCAAAUUUCCUAUAAAUGCAUAAAAAUUCGUAUUCUAUUGAUAACGAAUCAUCAACAUUUGAACUGCAUUAUCGUUGAAUUAAAAGUAAUAUCGACGCUAUAAGUAAAAAUGGUGAUCAAGAAAAAUCAAGUUAUCCAUUAUAUAAAAAGCACUCUCUAUGUAUAUAUAUAAUCUCUCCGUAUUCAUAUACGUAAUACACACAUGUACGUAGGUCAGUGUAGUUAAAAUGAAAAGCGCGAGACUGUAAUUUUAAACUUUCAAUUCGAUAGAAGGGUUAACUCGUUACGUUUACGGUCUCCCCCCGCAUCCUCGUAACUGCGUGCACAAUGGCCGUGAGCGACGAUAAUGUUUGUCCAGUGAGCGGCACGGGGAACGUAGAGAACCGGUCAGUUACCUGAGAAACACUGUAGCUGGUAACAGGACGAUCGUUAACCUCAGAAUUCUUCUGUGACACGGUAUAUCUGGUAGGUCCACAGCAACGGUAGCACGUGGGGAUAUAAAGGUGGCGGGAAACAGCGCAUCGAGGAUGAGCAACACUUAAAAAGUUUCGAGUUUCGCGGCUUUUCCGGCACUCGAUUAUCAAAAUGUGUGAACAAGUCGAAUACGAUGCAGUGUCUGCUGUUGAUUCUGUGUAUCAUUCACAUGAUCGUGACUUCGGAAACCACCGACGAAGAACGAGUAAAAGAACUAGUACGAGACUGGGCGCCUCUAGUAUGGCUUGCACCUGGCGAACUAUUUUUACCCCUUGGGGUACCUGAAUUCUUGGAUAACAUGCAAUCCGACGAUGACUAUCUUCGCACUAGAGUCGACGUAGAAGUACUGUUGAGGAAUCGAUCGUCCUUCCUAUACGGCCGAAAACCAGGGGGCACGGUACCGGUUUACGCUGUGAUCAAGAACUGUAUUGUACCAGACGUUUCUACGGACGUGAUAAGCUUAAAGACCGCCAGAGACGAAAGAAAGUCGCGAAGAAAAGGGGACGAGACGUUGAUAGCAUCGAGGAACGUGCAGAUCGACGAUUUCGGCUCGUCCAUGAUCCUCACUAACGAUCUUCCAGGAAAGAUUUGGAAGGGCGAUGGGAAACAGAGUUUAGAGGUACAUAUGCUGAACAGGAAUUCUUACAUGAUGGUGGCUCUUAAAAUAAAGAUUGAGACGUUUGAAAAUAUUCUGAGGAAACAUGGUGAUUUUGAAAAAAAGAAGAAAAAAGGAAACAAGUCCCGGAAGCUGCACUUUCACGUGACCUAUUGGAUGUUCUAUCCGUUCAGCGAGGGAAAGGCAGUCUGCGUUCUGGAUCUUGGAUUUUUUGGUAGCUGGCCGAUACCCACGGUGGGUGGGAUAUGCCUUGGAAUACUCAAGGAAUACGGCAACCACGUGGGCGAUUGGGAACACAUGAGUCUUUAUUUUAAGGAUGCGAAUUAUCCAUCAGCCAUGUACGUGUCCGCCCAUGACGCAGGCGCGUUUUACCGAUACGAUUUACGAAGUGGAACCUUCGUUUACGAAAGCCAAGAAACGCGAAAAGGCAUCUUUCAAAAACCUAUAUUUCCCGAAAGAGUUUUCACUGCUGGUGGAUCUCACCCGAUAUUAUUUAGCGCGAGAGGAUCUCAUGGACUUUGGACGGCACCAGGGAAGCAUAAAUUUGUCAGAUUACCUCGCCUCUACGAUGAGAGUGGGUUUGGUACCGCUUGGCCCACAUGGAAGAAGAUGGAAUUGCUUCUGAAAGAGGACAACAACAUCUUACCCAGUUGGAUGACUUUUAGAGGCAAGUGGGGUAAUCCUAGAAGUAAUUGUCAUCCUUUGGCUAGACUUGGUUUCAAUAUUUGCGAAUUUGUUGACGGACCAACUGGUAUUCCCAUGAAACAGUCAAACUUCCGAUGUUAACGAUACUUAGAAUUCUUUAACAUAUUCGCUGCUGUUGUAAAAAAUAAUAUUGAGAGAAAUUGCGACAAUAAAUAUUAAAAGUAAUGAAAUAUUACAUGUCACAUAUGGUAGGGAAUGUCUUAAGUAAUCCCGUUUCUGAACGUAAAAGGUAUUGGAUUUUAAUACGAUUAGUAUGCAUAUAGAAUGCAUAUAGGAAUACCACAGACGUGAAAAAAUUAUAGUUUCCUCAAAAUCAGUUGAUUACUGAAAUUAAUAUACUAUAAGAGUUGUUCCUAAAUGAUGGAAAUUUCUUCUUGAUCUUGAAUAGCAAAUUAAUUUUGAAUAAACUAUAACUUUGAUCGUCAAGUGUAAGGUACAAACAAGGUUUAAUAUGGAAUGUUAAUAAAAAAAAAAUGUUCGUUGGAAUUGUUCAUUUUAAUAAUUCGUGUCAGCUUAGCAAGAUAUUAGAAAACAGCAUCAUCAUUCAUUGCGAAACCUGCUUUUGAUUAGUGAUAUAUCCUUAUCGUUUAAAAUCUACGCUCAAUGUAAAACGAUAAUAAAAUACAAUUUUGUUAUUGCGGAUAGAUCGACGAUAGAUAUUAAAAGAUGUAAUAGAUUUAUAUAUAUAGGCAUUGCGUGAUACGUUUUCGUUUAAGAAGGAACAGUAGGCAAAUGCGGUACUUAGCGGUAACUCGUAAUUACACAUACAUGUAUAUCGAUGUGAUCCUUCAAAAAAAAGGCCGAUUAAAAGAACACUUCAUUUCUUGCAUCGAGAUUAUCGCAAUAAUAAUGCUCGAUGCAUAAGAGGAAAGAACUCUUGCGGUUGUGAUAUAGGCCUGUACAAUCAGACCAGUUGCAAUAAAUUCAAAGAAAAGCUCUUUCUUUUUUUACUGAACAUCGCAUAUUUCGAAAGUUAUAUCGUGCAGCUUGGAACAGGCUGUGUAGUUAAAUUAAUCUCGAUAGAUGAAACAUUGCUUACGCUAUGCUUGAGAUUGAACGUGACGUGCACAUGUGAUUCUUUUACGAUUAAAACAGUAAUCAUUGAUAAUUGACCGCAACAACGAAUUUCAUUGCAACGCAAUCCUGCGUUUUGCAUGAUUAAAUUUCGAAAUAAGGAACGUUCUCGUGCAUCAAGUUUUAUCCUCUGUUACAUUAUACGUCCUCGACUGGAUACGUGCGCUUCUUGGUAUGCAUCGAUCUCGGAAUUUCUUCAGAAACUCUGUUUGCUUUGCAUGCUUAAAGAUGCCCUCAAUUUCGUACCCAG